AUGAUUUCUUCUAAAUCUUUUUCAAUCACCACCGCUUUGGUUUUAUUAUUAUUGUUCUCUGCGGUUUUAGCCAAUUCAGCCAAAACCGAGUGUCCUACAAAUGCUUCCAGCAGUAAAUUCAAUGAAAAGCAGGAAAAAUAUGUGGUUUUGCUUAAACCAACAAAAGGAUCGACGGGUGCUUUUAGUGCUUCAAAAAGCUCAAAAACCGUUGAACAACAUUUAAAUUUUUUGAAAGAAUGCUGGGGUAUAGAUUCCGAAUCAAUUUUGGAUGAUGAUAACUUUAAUAGCGCUUCAACUACCAAGAAAGUGGCAAAAAAUAAAGUAUUAUCUUUUUCUGUUGGUACUCUUAGUGGCUAUUCGGGUUUAUUUAGUGAGAAAUUUGUCAAAGAACAAAUUGAACCAUUGUCCGAUGUCCUAUCAGUUGAAAAAGUGGUGAGAGUUAAAAUUCCUACUAUAAAAAAUACAACUUCUUCUAAAACUGUUAAAACAAAAGAUGUCAUUGUAAAAGCAACCGGUCAAAAUGUUCCACCGCACAACUUGGAUCGUAUAGAUCAAAGAAGAUUUCCUUUAGACGGAAAAUACCGGUUUCCUAGUACAGCAGGCGCAGGUGUGGAUGUUUAUGUGGUUGGUUCUGGUAUAAAUGUAAGACACCCAGAAUUUGGUAAUCGUGCUAGAAUUGGCGGUGUAUUUUGUAAUGGAUGUGUUUUGAACGAUGUUGAUGGUACUGGUACCGCAAUAGCAAGUAUUAUUGGCGGCACAACUUUUGGUGCGGCAAAAAAAGUUAAACUUGUAGCUGUCAAAGUGUACCAAGGCGAAUUUUUUUUUACCGAUGGUCUUUUAAAUGGCAUUGCAUUUAUAUUAAGAGACCACUUAACAAAAAAGAAUAGAAAAUCAGUUGUUAAUAUUUCACUGAGUUAUAAUGGUAUCGAAGAAAUAGUAGACACGGCAAUUAAAUCUCUCACAGAUGCAGGCAUACAUGUUGUUGUAAUGGCUGGUGAUCAGUCACAAGAUGGUUGUAAUUUUACACCUUCAGCUGCACAAACAUCAAUUUCAGUAGGUUCAACUGAUUUUUUCAAUGAUUCAAUUGCCUCCUUCUCAAAUUUUGGAAGAUGUGUUGAUAUUUUUGCUCCUGGUGUAAAUGUCGUUGGUAUUGCUAAUAAUGCUCCCGAAUUACUUUCCGGUACAAGUUUUUCAGCUCCACAAGUUUCUGGUGCUAUUGCUCUGAGCAUUGGUAGAUUUGGUAAUACUACUCCUGCAAAAAUGACUCGAAGAUUAAUUACUGCAAGCACUAAAAAUAUACUUAAAGGUUUAACAGCUGAUACACCAAAUAGAUUUUUAAUCAGAUUCAAAUUUGUAAAUUUGAAGAUUGAAUCACUUGAACCACUGAGGCCAACUGAAGAAGAACAUACUCUUAAUACAUUAUUUAGUUAUAAAGCUGCACUCAAAGAUUCAGCAUUCUACAUUACUACACCUUCACCAGCAGUAGAGGUCCAAAAAUAUUCUAAUCAAUUCAAGCAAAGACGACCAAAUCAUUCUUUAAAAGAUUUAAAAAUAGCAAAUAUGUGUUUAGACUUGAAGUUUUUUCCUGAAGAACUACAGAUUAUUAAAAAUGAUUCACUAAUUUCAACCAGUGUACUCAAAG